UAGUGUAAUGGACAUACUUUAAACAGCAAUAUACAUUAAUUAGCCGAAGAGACGCUUUAUUUUACUGAGAGAAUUUGUUUAAAAAGAAAACGAGAAAUAUAUGUUAGUAAAAUACAAUCUAAUGAGUCUUUCAGGUAAUCCAUAUUCAUCCGCUGUGAGUUCCUGUCUCACGCGCAGUGGAGGGAGCAGAACCCGGAUGGAACUGUCAUGGCUGCCGUCAGCGACCUGCCAGUCUAAAGAGAAAAGAGAGGAACGUUUAUUCUAAAGCAUGGAGGUUGACCUGACUUCAUCAGAUGAUCCCCCUGAAAGCCAUGACCAUAGCCAGGAUGAUGACACCUCACUGGAGCACACUUUGCCUCUUGAGUUGGCACAUCAGCUUCCAGAGACAGCCUCUUGCAAUGAGCAUUGUGACCAACAUGAAGCACCCCCUGAGGAGUCGGGCACUGAUAAUCUCAACACAGACGGCAAACCUUCUGGAAAGUCUGCAUGUAAGAUGCAGCAGGGUGCAAUCUUUUCUGGAAAAAUACUGAGCUUUUGUUGCUCCGAAUGCAAAGACGACACCACUUACAGCCCUAAUGACUUGCUGAAACAUUUUCAAGGAGUUCACAAGGGGACCCUUCCAACUUAUCCUUGUGAUUUGUGCUCAUUUGUCACCAAUGAAUUCUCUGCUCUCCAGCGACAUCGCAUUGGACAUCGAAACACUUUGGUCACAUGCGAGAUCUGCAGUGAUGGGGUGCAGUAUUCACUUCUUUUGCUCACCAGGCACUUUACAGCAUGCCACAGUCAUAAUGGACAUUUUCGCUGUAAAAAGUGUGAGUUUUCAACCAGAGAUGCAGGAACAUUCGUUCAACACAUUCAUCAUCACAAUGAACGCAUUCACAAAUGUGUAAAAUGUCCACAUGUUAGCCCCACACAAGGGGAGCUUCAGAGACAUAGCCUGGUGCAUUCAGGGACUUUUCCUUUCUCUUGUCAGAUUUGUGGCUAUAGUGCAGCUCGCAGAGAGUACCUGAACAAACAUCUUACUGUGGCACAUGGUGACGAGAUGGAUAGAACAAACAAACGGAAAGCAAUUGAGGACAAUUCUGGAGUUAAUUCUACUGGACUAAAACUGCUGCUGAAAAAGUCUUCUUCAGUUGGAGGAUCCAGAGAACCACAGUGGAUGUCAAAGCUUAACUCUCUCCCUGCCAUAGGACUACUUGAUCACAACGGCAGGUUGUUUAAUCCUGAAAAAACCUUGGAGGACACCCAGCACUUCCUUGAAAGAGCUGUUGGGGUUAAAAAAGAGAAUAAUAAAUGGACAAAGUCUCCCCUAAAGACUGAACCGCAGUGUUUGCACCCCAUUCCACCAACAACACUGCAACCAAAGUUACAAGAGCAUGAGAUUAGUCCUGGAAGUGGACUUCUGAAUCCUGGCAACAGUAAUGGACUGACCGUUCUUAUGGUAAAAAAUAAAAUUUCAAUUCCGCCUAACUGCACCACUAAAGUAAUGGGCUUUAAGAUGGUAGAUGGUAAAAAACAUUUAGUUCUUAAAGUCAUACCAACAAAACAAGAGGACUCUACUGACAAUGAGGUGUCUGAUUCACACAUUGGUGAGGAUGAAGAUAAAACCAGUAGCCCCUGCUCCUCAUCCUCACCAAGCGUAGGAUCUCUCUUAAGUUUAGAGUCUGGAGAAACAAAUGAGACUGGUGUUAAAAACAAUGUUACAUCUUUAAUUAAAGAAGAGUCACAGGAAGUUGAAAAUCACAUUGGCUACCAGCCCCCCUUGAUAGAUGAGCAUGAAGUAAGCUUCGAGAGGGCAAGUAAAGCAGGGCAGGUUUAUAAUGAGGCAGAAAAUACCGAAAAAACGCAAGUAUCUCCUUCAGCAUCACAUAAUGUUGACGGACUAUCUACAACAUCAAAAGAUUCUUCCUCAUCACUGCAUCAUAGCAGUAAAUCCAAUGGGAGGUCCCCACCUCAUGAGAUAUCUUUGCUCUGUGAAAGAAGCUCCAAUGAGGACAUCGAGCCAGCAAAUCCAUCCGCCACACUUCCUGUUUCAGCUUCAGAGCUUUCCUCAGCUGUUUCCAAGACAACACUUUCUGAUUCACCCAUGGCUGAAAUAGAACCAUCUAAAGACAAGAAGAUAGUGUUGUCUUCAGUUAUGGAUGAACCCCCAGUAUCACAGUUGGCUGCUGAUGAAAUAACAUGUUCUGAUGCAAUAUCCCAUGCAAAAUUUAACCCUGAAAUGACCGCAGAUGACAAGGCUCCAAGCUCCAAUAUCCUGCAAUCUAAACUUUCAUCUAAAACAAUUGCAGAGGAAUCUCUAAUUCAGAAACCUCAAUUAGAAAACAAUAAAUGCUUCAGUAAUAUUUUCUCUGAAGAUUGUGAACCAUGCAAGAAUAAAACUGAACAUAGCUCCCCUACUAAAAGUCCUGUGGAAAAGAAUGCGGUCCCUGAUUUAGUGGCUGGAGAAGAGCAGGAUUCCGAUAAGGUUAAGACAUUAUCUGAGACGACUGCCAUUAAGGCCUUGUCCUCUAAAACAGUGGUUGAAGAGUGCUCUCCGUUUAUCACAGAUGUUAGCUAUGCUCCUAACGCAAAUGAGUUUUUAGCAUCAGAUAGCAUAGUUGUAAAUUGCAAGUCCCCUGAAGUAACUACAAAUGAAAACCCAAAGUCAAACUCUUGUCCACAAAAUAAAAUUAGUACAGGUAAAUCGACUAAUGCCAAAGAUUGUAAUGCAGAGGCUGAAAAUAACUCCCUUAAUUCCCCAAGUCAAGAAGUCUUUAAUUUUCACAAUUAUUCUAAUUAUUCUAAAGAUACCUCAAGCAGCUCACCUGAUUCCCUGCAGCCUGAGGAAGAUUUAACGGAGGGGAUGGAGGAAGAGGAGUGUGAGGAAGAUUUUGGUGAAUGGAGCUUAACUCUGCCUGCAUCUCCUCCUCUUCCAAUUGAACAAUCUGAUGAAGAUUUAGAAGGUAGCAAACAGGGAGGGGCAAAUGACAAAAGUAUAGAGAGAGCAUUGGAACGAGUGUCAGAUAGCGACAUUGAGGUUGAUGAAUGCAUAGCUAGUGUUGACGAUUCAGUCCUUCCCGUGCUUCCUGAGAGCGAGCCAGAAACAGCUUGCUCAUCAAUGUCAGAGAAGAAACACGAAGAUAGGGCAGCAGCAAGUUUGAAUAGUGCCGCUGUUUUGGGCAAAAUACUCGAAAAGCACUCGGAUGCCAUCAUUAGCCAGCAACUUGAGAAAGAAAGAAUGAAGUCUUCGACUACAGUACAAGAACCUGUUAGGCCAACCAAAACCACACUUAGGAUCUUGCAAACACCUGAAGGAAAACAGCAGAUGUUCCUUCAAUCUGCAGAGACUCCGUACGCUGUUCCGGUUCAGCUAAAAAGUGGAGCUGGGUUCAAGCUCAUUACUAAGUCAUGUUCUCCCCAAAUUAAUGUGUCUUAUGUGAAACCUGGCAUUGAAACGCAGAGCAAGACUACAGGACUAGCUCUCACUUUAAAUGGAGGCAGAAUUGGAAUGUCUGCGCAAAGUUCAAACAGGGAAACUAAAGGCCAAGCAAUGGUUCAAAUGGCACCAAGCGGCAGCGGAAAUCGCUACUUCUUCAACACCGCUGCUCUUAAAGGUUCUCUUAUCUUAUCAAGUUCCGUCAGGUCCUCAUCAGGAGAACAGGCAACCAAUAUGCCACAGACAUGUUAUUUAGUUCAGAGACCACAUCCUGUUACCCCAGUUAGCAAUGAGUCCACUGGUGCAAGUUCCAAGCCUGUGCUUGCAACCCGUCCUUUACUGGCCAUGCCUGUGAGUACAGCUGAUAAAACUAGUCCUUUGCAGACUGGGAGACAAGCUUACUUGGUUAGAUACAUUUCUCCAGCUAAGUCAGGUAUACUUUUGAAUAAUUCUGAUGGGAAAGCUACCAACCAGGGCAACAAAGUAAAUGAUGGUGGCAAAAACAGGGUUUUCCUUAAGAUUCUUAGAGGUCCUAAUGGCACCAGAUUUCUCUCUAGCACUCCAUACACCACCACCUCAGCCAAAAAGCCUGUAUACGUUGCCACAAGUUCGUUACAGUCACCUUGCUUCUUAAUGUCCUCAAAUAAAUCUUUGAGCAAUGUGUCGGCAGGCCUGAAAAUGUCUACCAUUUCCCUGGAUCCUGCUCAUAAACUGAUCCCGGCACAGCUUAUUCUACCCCAGUCAAACAUUCAAAUCAAAAGCAAGGGUGAUCAUGAUGUAGCAUUACAGAAGUCACCACUUGUUCCCUGUCCCACCCGUCCACAAAGUCAAAGGAAGAGGCGGCGAAGGGCUUUGUUUGAGGAAAUGCAAGAGAGCUCUUCUAAAACAAGGAGAAUCUCAAGCAAUACGUCAGCUGAGAAAGAUGCUACCUCAAUUUGGAAGCCUGUUGCAAAAGAUGUUGAGAGAACGCUGAGGCUCUGUCCCUUUAGUCCACUUCAAGAAAUCAAAUGUCCCCGUCAAAACCAGCCUGUGGUCGUGCUGAACCACCCUGAUGCAGACAUUCCUGAAGUUACUAGCAUCAUGAGGUCUGUGAACAAGUACAAAGGGGAAGUUUUCAAAGUGGCACUGUCCCAAAGUACAGUUAAAGCCCUCUCUGAGCUGAACCUUGCUGAUCCUUCAAGUACACUUUCAAAGCAGAAUGCUUCCAACAGCAGUGGCGGUGCAACAUCCAGGCCAGUUGGAGUCACUGUUCAAGAGAGAUUCAUAUUAAAACUCAAGUUAAAAAAAACAAGUAGAAAUAAGUAUGAGGUGGUGAGGUCUUCACCUGUUGGUUCAGAGCAGCAGUCAAUGUUUUGUUGCUGGUUUUGUGGACGAAUUUUCAACAACCAAGAGGAUUGGAUUUGCCAUGGUCAACGGCAUCUUAUGGAGGCAACAACAGACUGGAACAAGCUGUUCUAAUGCAACUACAGAGCCCCUGGAUAAGGCCAAAUGCCAUCUGUCAUUGUAGAAAACAGAUUUUUUACAUUUAUUUCCUUUUUUUUAAUAGUGUAGUACAGUAAGAUACACUUAACCUUUCGACAUUAUUUUUCCAUAGAUUUUUCUCCAGAAGCUUUUAAAGGGUAUAGUGUAAUAGAAAAGAGUUUGGUACCUGAAACCAGUUUUUAUGUAUAUAGUUUUAACCCUUGUAUAUUAAAAAAAAAAAGAAAAAAAAAAGACUUGAGUUGUAUAAAAUGGAACUGUGAAAACUGGACACGUUGUAUGUUUAUGGUGCCCGCAGGAAGAUCACUGGUAUGAAAAGAAGGUGCUGUCUCUUUUAGACCUCUUUUAAUGCAGACAAUUGAACAGAUUUCUCAGGUAAUUCCAUAAUCUUUGAAUGAACGGUCCAGUUUAUAAAGAGGUAAUUAUCUUCAGUUGGAAGCUGUGUUUGUAGAUCUAAACAAUGUGUACAAUUUAAGUACAGUUGGCUACAUGUCAUGCCUACAUUGUAAGAGUUCAUGGAACCUGAACACUCAUUUUAUUUUACAAUUAAUGUCCUUAAAUAUUUUGAAAAUGUUCAAAAUGAAUGGAGAAAAAAUUGUGUGGUUAUACCUGCAAGUUUAAAGUGUUAUUUUAGGCAUUGUGACAGACACAACAAAUUCACCUAAAAACAAACCAACUGGUUCCUGUGGAAGCCAUCCUUUUAAAACUAUUGUGUCCCUUGAGGUGGUUUGUCAUUUCUAUGCUGUAUUUUGAUUUUGAUGUAUCAGUUCUCAUUGUUCAUUUGGGUCACAUUUAUAUUUCUCUGGUGCCAUGCAUCUCCCUUCAUUACUUCAAAUCAGACCCAGUGUCAUUUCAGUAGCAAUAAUGGAUUUUAUAAAAACUUUUCUCUGUUAAGAUGUUGUUCUGAACCUACAUCUGUUGGUUAUUGCUUCAGUGCUUUUGUUUUUCUUCUGUUCCUUUCCUCUUUUGAAAUGAAGAAAUGCACCUGCAACUGUAUGAAUAGGCUUUACUGAAAAAAAGAUAAGACAGGAUGUAUUGAGAUGCAAGCCAACAAACCUCAAAUAGCCAACCAAACACUAAAUGUAUGUUCAUUUUCUGUUAUACUUGAGUGCCUCAUUCUGCCUCAAAGUUUAAACCAGAUGGUCUGUUUCUUUUCACUGUAAAGUCAAAAGAUUCUUGUGUGCUUGGCAGAGUUCAUAGAUUAAGUUGUGACCAUUUGUCCUUGUUAGAUUGUAUGGAUUUUUGUUUUCAAUAGAAUUGCAAACCAUUUAUAUAGUGGUUAUAAUUAGUCAUUUAUUAGGUGUUGAGACUUCCUCUAAACCAGGAUAUUCUCCAAGACACUGUUUUCUUAUUGGUAGCCCCAAUAUCAAGUAUUUUCUCUAUGAUUGUUUACAAUAAGAUGUGACAAUAAGAAUCCAUAUAAACAAUUGGUUAAAAAGCAUUAAAGCAGAGUCAAAGCAUUCAGCAUAUAUAAUUAAAAGCAGGCUUUACUGGAAAUUGGAUGCAACAAUUGUUUUUGAAAAGGUCAACUCCGUUAAUGCUGUGGAGAACCUAUAAAUUGUGCUCAAUGGUCCUUUUAAAUUGAUCUGUCAAUCUGCAAAUUUUUGAGGUUCUUUUUAUAGAAUUUGUUUCUUUUUAAACUAGAUAGACUACUCACAAGUUAUCUGGUCUGCUACACUGAAAUCUCACUGAGAGAUCUUUGUAAUUCAUAAAUUGGUCUUUGUCCAUGGUGCUUGACAGUAUAAGAAGCUUUGAUGGCAGAGAGGUAAUAAUCCAUCCUAUAUUUAAGUAGUGUUCCAUGUUUUUAUAGUUGUUAGGAUAAAUCUGUGAUUUUCCCAUGUUUAAUCAGUUAACCAUGCAUCUAACAAAUAGGUUACACAAGAAUGUUGUUGGUAUAGAACGUUUUGUCUUUUUUUUUUUUUUUUUUCCACAAUUCACUGUAUGUUUCUCACCCUCUUUGUGACAUGACAAUCACUGUUAUACAUGUGAAGUAGUGGAAGAUUUAUGCAAACCAUAACAGUUGACUAAUAUUCAGCUCAAAUGGCACAGCUCAAAUGUCAUGCCAUGAAUGAGCAAAUAUAUAGUCAUCACUCAGUCACCUGUCAACCAAAUAAUGUUUGUCCUGAGGCAAAAAAUAAAAAAGUCCUUCCUUCUGGUUGUAUUGUCCAUGUCACACAGGUUUCAUUGGGAUCUGAGAGACAAGUUUAUUUUUGUAUGCUAAGUGCCUAAAAUGUGAUGCACCAGGUUGACACUAUAUUGUACUGUAUUUACCUCCUUGCAGUUCCUUCAUUAAUAAAUGUAAAUACAUUUGAAGAA